GUGACGCACUUUUGUCGGCCAUAUUGAAAAACUUUAAGUUUCGUGAGAGAGCAAGAGGCUUUCUGGCGUGAAAUAUCUCGCUCAGGAUGUUUUCCACUAAAUGUUUAUCGCCAGGCUUUUCAAGAUUUCUAUCUGCUACCACUACCCAUGUUGCACAAGCGCUAAAAGGUACUCCUGCUGCUGUUAUUCCUACGUUUGAGACGGUACAGGGUCCGCCGGCAGCUCUAACAAGUCAAUCGCUUGUAAAAACUAUCCCAACUGGAAACAUGGUCGCCACAACGACUCACAUUGGUAAGGAGCGACUUUCAAAAUUUAGUUAGAACUCUGAGCUGAUCGUGUGCACUGGUGUGUGGCAUACUUUAAUCCAUGACAUUAUUUUCUCUUCCCGGCGUUUUGAAAUAGUCCGAUCAGAAUAUUGAAGCUAAUUAUGUAAUGUUGAGCCAGUGGACCUCUCUAGAUUGAUAUAGCGUCCUUUGAUAUGGAUUAUUCGGUUUAAGUUCAAGGACACUAAUGGAAAAGCACUGUGAAAUUAGUCAAGAAAUCGUGCCAAGUUUCCACAUUUUGAAAACUUAUGAAUUUGUCGUAACCUUGCAAAGUCACGAAAUUUUAAAUCGUUUACGAAGAUUUUCGUUUUACAUCCGUUUGCACAUAUCACAUCUCUUUCAAAAUUUUCCUCACAAUCAAAAGUAAAUUUUAUUUAUAUUCCCCAAUUAGUUGAAAUGCCAAGUAACUUUGACACUCAAGUAAGGUUCUUGUGUAACAUGUAUGCUUUAGUGAUUUGCAUUGUGUGUUGUUAGGGAAUAUUAUGCAUGUGGAAGGGGCACAAACUAACCCCUUCUGAGCUUACAUUUGCAUUGUGUGUUGUUAGGGGAUAUUAUGCAUGUGGAAGGGGCACAAACUAACCCCUUCUGAGCAUGCAUUUGCAUUGUGUGUUUUUAGGGGAUAUAAUGCAUGUGGUAGGAGCACAAACUAACCCCCACUGAGCAUGCAAUUUUGAGAAAUUCACCACUUUGUUGGCCACUCUGUAGAGGCAUGUCUUGAUUGGUUUUCUGCAAGACUGUCUACAAAUGCUUGUAGUACCAUUGUUCUUUCACUUGUUGGUCUAAUUCAGGAGUUAAGUAAAAGAGGGGACAACAAGGGUCCAUUUCUUGACCUAAGAUAUAUUUUAUGGGUGAUAAAACAUUCAGGAAAUUUUGGAAAUUUGUAUUUUUUGGGUUUCAAUAAAACCUGUCAUUGGCAGUCUAUCAUGCUGUUUUUUCAGCCUGUGUGUACAGGCUCAUGUGUUUCUGUUACUAAAACCAAUAUAGUCCAGGUUGCAAUGUACAAAAUUCUGCUUUACAACCACUUCAGUUUUUUUGGUAUUCAACUUUGUGUAAUCAAAUGUUAUUUAUGGUAAAAUUGGCUGAGAAACACUUUUAUAUGUUUAUAAUUAAGAGGUUGUUUCAAUGCUUGCUGGUUGAAGUGAUGUUUGGUGCUAUCAAAUUAAUCUUUGUAGCAAAAUAUUCAUUACUCUGAUUUAAACUAUCAACACAGGUAGGACACAAGUACGUUUCAGCCACACAGAUGUGUCAAUGCCUGACUUCAGUGCAUACAGAAGAGAUGUCUCUCAGGAUCCAAAUCAGCCAAACACAUCAGAAAUCAGUCGGCGAGCCUUCACGUAUCUCAUGGUGGCUGGAAUGGGUGUGGCAGGCCUACAUGCCGGCAAGAAUGUUGUGCUGGAGUUUAUUUCCACCAUGAGUGCAUCAGCAGAUGUUUUGGCUAUGGCAAAGAUUGAAGUAGAUCUUUCAACAAUCCCUGAAGGUAAGAUAUUUCAAUCCAAAUGGUUGAAUUAAACUUAGGCUAAGUUAAUGCAUGAUAUUACUGAUAAACUCUAUUUGUGAAAAAUUGUUGGGAGCAGCUGCCUUGCUUAGACCCCAUGUGGAUGUCUGCGUCAAGAUUUCAAUGUAGUUCUAUCUGGACUAAAUUUUCAAUCAGUUGGUGUUAGAAAUCUAGAAUUGUAUUGGUUUUGUUCCACUCUGCUCUUUGAUUUGUCCAGAAAACUUGCACCUCCUUCUGAACCCCCCUAUGUUUUAUGAACAUAAACCAAUCAUGACUUUGUCACUCAUGUUUUCCUGCUCAUCAGGUAGUUUGCAUGUAUGUAUAUGUACUUUAUCUCUUAUUGACUUGUUGUGAAAUUUACCUUUGUAUUGAAUGGCUGUUGUGUUUACUUAAGAGUUCUCUAAUAGAGUUUGUCUAAUAAAAAAGUUUGUCAGAAUAUAGAGGUCUCACUGAUCUCAAAAACUAAAUUUUUACCGUUUGCCCAGGAAAGAACAUGGUUUUCAAAUGGCGUGGAAAGCCUCUGUUUGUGCGUCGGCGCACAGCUGAAGAAAUCGAAGAAGUCCGUAAUGUUGAUCUUGCUAGUCUGCGAGAUCCUCAAGAUGAUACUGAGCGUGUAGUGAAGGAUGAGUGGCUAGUUGUAAUUGGAGUCUGUACACAUCUUGGUUGUGUUCCAAUUGCUAACUCUGGCGAAUAUGGUGGCUAUUACUGCCCCUGCCAUGGAUCACAUUAUGAUGCUUCUGGAAGAAUCAGAAAGGGACCAGCUCCACUCAAUCUUGAGGUAACAAAGCAGCAAGAAAGAUUGUUGUAAAAAACUCUUCAUUUCUUUGUUUUCAUUCAUUUCUUUUUUUUUUUUUUCAAUCAUGAUGCGGGUACAUAUGUUGCAGAUUCAACUUACAAUUUUCUUUGUUUGAUGACCAAGUGCAUUAGUUACCAUGUUUCUUCAUUGCAAAUAAUAUUCUUUAAACAGUGAUGAUUCUAACAGUAUGUGGGACUUGUGUAUUAUAUUAACCUUGAGUAACACCUAGCCCAUAUGCUAGUUCAAAAUUUAGCUUAUUUAGUUUCCAUUUAUGCUCAUGAUACUUGCAACUUAGAGAAUCUCUGGGCUCACCAAUGAGGACUCUGUGAAUCAGUAGUAGAGCAUUGAACUCCAUUGACCCAAGUCUGAGAUUGGAACCCCUUUUGAGGGAACAGGAUCACUUUGUCUCUCACACAAUGUCUAUCUUUAUAUCUUAUUCUUGCUGUGGCUGGAAGCUACCUUGAAGAAGUUAGAUGACUAGUUUUUUCAUGGAGUGUAGUCUGUUAUGAUUAUUAUUUCAUUGUUAUGGUAUUUAGUUUUUGGGUAUGGUUGUCUUAAAAUGAUGUUUAUUCAUUCACUCAUUCAAAACACUAUUUUUCUUGGUUUAAGGGACUUAUUGUAAGCACUUUCUUGCAUCACAUCACAUCACAUCAUAUUUGUCUCAGUUUUAAAAUCACAAUUCUUAUUUCCAACAUUCUGCUCCAUUUUCAGAUUCCUGAGUACAACUUCCCAAAUGAGAACACAAUGGUGGUGGGAUAGACAACUCAUCUCUUGAAUCUCAAUUUACAUGUACCAGCCAUUUUUUUUAAAAGAGAAACCAAUUAUUGUACAGUGGAUGUGAUCAAUUUGGUGGAACAUAGUAAUACUAAUGAGACAAUUAUGGCUUCGAAAAUUUUGGACUUGUGUCUCUCUGUCAUGGAGUAACACUACUUUAAGUGUGUGACAGACACGUUUGUCUAAUCAGCGAGCUUACUGGAUUUGUCGCUAUGAUGAAGUGUAUUAUUUUGAAUAAACAAUCUUAAGCUAUGAGUUGUUCUAACCUCCUUUCUGUGUAGUCUCAGUGGGUAGAUGGGGACGACUAAUGAGGGAAAGUGAGGUUAUACGUAAGAUUUGUAUUCAACCAUUGUUUGGUUAAUAUUCCAUCAAAAUCUAGAUCGUUUUUUUUCGCCUUACUGCUGCUACCUCAAGUCAGGGGUAAGAGGUGUGGGCUGAGAUACUUGUUGUUUUAUUUGAGCUGAUGAGCAGUGACCCCAGUGAUGUGAAACUCAAUCAGCAAAGUCAUAAAAAUUGGCGCAGGUUGUUUCCUGAGACUUUGCUGCUUGUGGUUUAUGACUCCCAAUUUCUUUAAGAAACUUAAAAAUUAGUAGUGUAGUACGUCCUCUUUGUUUGUUCAAAGACGAUAGUAAGGUCACAAUUUUCUUUGAGAUUCAAAUUCUGGU